AUGGGAGCUACCGCAUCAACCCACCCUGAGAUUGUGGACAUUGACAUCUCCUGCCUCAGCGAGGAGGAGAGAAGUUUCUCGCCGCUGUUCAUGGAGAUCGUCGCAGCUCUGUGGAUGCAUAAGGGAAGCCUCGGCGGUUUGAAGCAUUUCCAUGAGCGGCCGAAUCUCGAGCAGAAGAUCACAAGAGAGGACUUCUGCGCCGGAUAUUCGGACUUCGAGUAUAUCUACCUGACCAUCCUUGGCUUCGCCAAGCUUCAUUCCUUAGUCGAGGAGAUAACGGUGCAGAACAACGGAGAGGUCUUCACCCGGAAUCCAGGAGUUCAACUUCUAGAGCGUGCCUGCGGCAUGACGAUGCAUGGAAAUCGUGAAGGAGCGAAUGCCCUGCUUCGGUCCGCACCAGGCGCACUACUAGAGGCAUUCCAAGUAGCCAAAAGCUCCGGCAAGACGCUGGACUUCUUCCGGAAGGCUUUCGACCGUCAGGCGGAUCCAUGCCUGGAGGGGCGGACGUCACGGCUUCUACAGUACCUGGAGAAGCACACUCACACUGUGACCAAAGUGGCUCCAUGGGAGGAUGUGUCGCUGCAGCGGCUGCCGCACGGAGCUUCCAGCCGAGACAUAGUCGGUGAGCAUCUGCGAGUUUUCUGCAACGAAUGCACUUGGCUCUGGUCCCGCCAGCAUCACCUCGCUUACGAGGACGCCAAAGCUUCCAGGUUUGGCGGCGAUGCCAAACUGACAGAGGACUUCGCAGCGGUUUUCAACGCUCAGAGCUUUUGUGAGGCAAUGAGAGCCAGAGGAGUUGUACGACGUGGGCCUACCACACAGUGGGAGGUCCAGGUGGAGAAUGGCUCUUGGGCCGGCUACGAGGAAGAGGCGUCUGCCGCCAUCGAAGCCGCCUACAGCAAGAGGCUUCCUAUGCUGGAGCUGCGCCUGGGACCACGAGGUUGGAAGUAUGUGAUUGAUCUUGGAAACCAGGUGCAGCUGAACCCCAAGACGAGGAAGUCGCGACCCAUUCGCCGACAGGAGGCUGCCGUCUCACCCUCCUCGCCAUCUCGGGCAUGCGUAAAGCUGACCGAAGCAGAGUUCGAGGAGGCUGUACAGUUCUUUGUGGAUAUGCAGACAUUGCCACCGGCUCCUCCGAGCAUCGAAGGAGAGCACGCGUGA